CAACAAGUGCAGCGUUAUGGUGGAUUGCCGAUCAAGCCAUCGAUGAUAUUCCAAUUCUAUACCUGAUGCUGCUCGCUAUUUUCUGGACCAACACGCUUUCUAUAGCUCGCCUUGCAGCCCUUCAAACAGCGUCCUCAUCCUUACAGGAUACAUUUGAAUCCAUUUCCAUGGGUUUGAAAGAGCUGCCGACAGCCGUUGCUCGCGUCAAGAGUUUUUAUACCUUAGUCGACAUGAAGAAUGAGCUUGCUUCAGGAUUUACGUCUUACCCACCUCCCGGUAACAAGGCUAAAGAAGGCAUGGCCAUCAAUAUCAAGAACGUCUCCUUCACUUACAAAGGCUCGCAAGCAUCGAGGGACGCUAUUACAGAUGUAUCACUAUCCAUCCGCGCCGGUCAGCUAGUUGUCAUUGUCGGUGCAAACGGUAGUGGAAAGUCUACACUCUUGCGACUUCUCGUGCGACUUUACGCGCCAGUUUCGGGUGUAAUCGAACUGGACGGGCAUCCCAUCGAAGAGUACAAUGUGAACGAUCUACGUAGGGCGAUCGCACACCUUUCUCAGGAUCACAAACUGCUCCCACUGUCGGUGGCCGAGAACAUUGGAGUAGGCUGUCUGGAGAAAUCAGACGACAUGACCGCAAUUAAGGACGCGGCUGUGCUCGCGGGUGCCGAAGGGCUGGUCAAGAAGUUCGAACGAGGAUUCGAGACGGUGUUGACGCCAGCGGGCACAGCACAGAUGAGUUUCAACGCAUCUGGAAACGAGGCGCUUACUGCGGAGUUUAACAAGAUGGAGAAAAGCGCUGAUGUUUCAGGUGGAGAACGCCAGCGAAUCGUAGCGGCACGAACCUUCAUGCGCCUGUUCUCGGACGACAUCAAUCUCGUUACGGUUGACGAACCCAGCUCAGCGCUUGAUCCACAAGGGGAAUGUGAGCUAUUCCAGCGCCUGCGGAACGCGCGGCAUGGUCGGACGAUGAUCUUCGUUACGCAUCGCUUUGGACAUUUGACCAAGUAUGCAGAUCUCAUCGUAUGUAUGAAGGACGGUAAGAUCGUCGAAACCGGUACACAUGACGGGCUCUUGAAGUCCGCCGGCGAGUAUGCGAGGCUGUACAACAUUCAAGCCUCCGCUUUUACUUCAUAA